AGGGAUCUGUGUGAUCACCUCUUUUCACUUCAAUAUAUACUUGGCAAGAGGUGUUACGAGCAGCUGGUGAAUUCUUUCGAUUUCCUCUUGAGUGGUGGUAAUAAAGUCACACAAAAGCGGUCUAAGAAACGCAGGAAUGCGAAACCAAAUUCCUCUGGUGGUGAGGAAGAGGAAGAUGAGAAAUCGACGGAAACUGAAGAAGGAGGAGUGCUAGAAUUAUCCGAACCGGUUACCAUUGCCUUACCUGAAUUAAAAGAGGAGUGGCCAGCUAUGGAUGAAUUGCGCAGCAAACAUCUGCUUUGUAUUGCCCAAAUGUUGCGAGCCAUUUCACCAAGGCCAAACUCUUCUUCUUCGAUUGAAACCACAGACAAUACGACAACACACGAGUACCUUGAGCAGGAUCCAAUUUCGCCUCGGGAAUUUUGCGAUCUAAUGAAGAUCUUUCUUGAGGAAAAUUACUGUGCGCCUUGGGGACUUCCGUCAACAUCCCCCGUACUCUCUCUAUGCAAGGAGCUCUGCCUUUAUGCCGCCUUAUAUGGAAAGACAUUCGGUGCCGCUGCUGUACAGAAUUAUUUCGCCGAACCGUUUCAUACUCUCCUUAUGCAGCGCAGUACACAGGGCUAUUUUGAAUUCAAUCUGAAGGCCCUUCCGUCUGGAGUUUUUGCUGGCUAUUGUUACAUGCUAGCAGCCACAAAGUUGAAAUCAGAGUUCAAUAAGGUGAAAAUGCUGAUUGCGAAUGCUCUUUUUCUGCAUUCAAGAGAUUCCUGCUCCUUGCAUGGCGUUCGAGCAGCAAUUAUGGUCCUCUGUCACAGUGAGGAUGCUGUUUUGAUAGCCCAUGAAGUGAUUCUUCCAGCACUUCGGUCCUGUGCUUCUUGUGCCGACCCAGCUGUCCGUCGAACAGCCAGCAACAUUUUCUACACCCUAAUGGCCUACCUCGCUGAUGCUGUUGACUUUGAUGCCACCACCACCGCCGCCGCCGCCGCCGCAUCCAAUGCAAACGUCACUUCGAACGAUUUGGCGUCGUCAACAUUCUCUAAAUUGCAGAAUAAACACGCAUCCCGGAUUCCUGCACCUUCUGAACUUCUGGAAGAAUGUUGGCAGCUAGCAAGUCAGUUGGUUCGCGAUGAUUACACCUCGAUUGGUGCAAUGGGUAUGCCAGAUGCUAGCAACGGAGCGAGCACAGAUCUACUCCCGAUUGAUGAGCAUUCUGCGGACUGGUCAUGUGUUGCCGUUGCGUUGGGUCCUCUCUUUUGCCUCUACAGUCGUAUGCUGCGCUCCAGUCCCCACGUGACUGACUUAGACCUCAAGGAGCGGAGAAAUCUCCCUGAAAAUGGCCGUAUUGCUGACCAGGUGCUAGCUCUGAUAGAGCGGUUGAUGGUCAUGGUGAGUGGAGAAGGACAAACGACCGCGUUGGAUUCUUCUGUUGUCCAAUUCUUGGUUCAACAGCAACACUGGGAGACGUUGGUCAUUGGUCUCCUGCAAGUGGUAAAUCGACUCUUCCCCACCUGUCCUGAAGACUUCCGUGAUGGAAAAAUUCUACGAUGGCUUUACCGAUUGACGGAAAUCAAUAAUAUGAUACCUGAUUUGGAACAAAGAACUCGUCUUGGACAGCGUUUAAUCUCCGUAUUUUCCAACGCUGCAUUCCGUUUGAGCACGGAGGACGCCAUGAUGUCCUGGGUACUACCAGGUCUUGAUCGAUUGCGUCUAGACUUUGUGGAAGCGAACGAAAAGAAUUCAGCUGAUGAAUUGGAACAACUCUCUAAUGAUCUUCGACUGCGUCUCACCAACCACACUGGCUCACAGUAA